AUGAAACACAAACUGGAGGAGAACGACCGAAAGUGGUGCGCAAAGCUACAGGGAAAAGACGAUGACGAUGAGCCGGAAGAAGCCGUUUCCUCUGAGGAUACCUCCCCGUAUACUUCGCCACGGAAUCACAAGCCUAUCAUGGUACGCGAAGAACCCGAGGCCGAUGCCUUUUUUCCAUAUGCGGCGGCAAUGAAUGCUCCUAUCCCUCAGCCUAUGGAAACUGAACAGAACACUUCGCAGCCUGCUUUCAGAGACGGCAGAAAUUCUCUGUUCCCCAGGGCUUGGUCGAAUACCCAACGCCACAAACCAUCGGCGCAUCGAAACCCUCGAAAUCCAUUCCCGAACGCGAAUCGAGGUGAUUCUCCCGAGAGCCCGCCUGAAAAACCGAUGCCCAAGAUCGAUGCCAAGGGCGGGUAUAAAAUCCUGGCAGAGAUCCAGAGAUGA